AUGGAACUUCGCCGGCCGUCACUCGCCGAGAAGUUGUCUCCUACCUAUUCUCAUGAUGCUACAUCGCCAGUCGACCUCGGGUCGCCGAGCUCAGUCACAUCAGUCAAGAGGGAACAAAUAGCCACAUCGCCAACCGGCGACCUGACAGCCCCGACAUCGAGUCCAGGAACGCCAAAGUUCGAGUUGUACCAGCGAGUCGUCCUGUUUCCCGAUCUGAGUCGCCUCGAAAUGUGUCUACUAGAUGCCGCUUUUCAUAAGCAGAUGAACGUGGACAAGUACCUCAUUGGGCCGAGUUUUCGAGAGCAGCACCUGCAAGCAUUCGCCGACCAUCUUGACGCCGGAAUGAUUCACCUGAAAGAUGCAUUUAUCGCCUGCGCUUCAGUUCUUGUUGGAGACCAACAACUACAACAGCUCGCGUUGGGUCAACAAAUUGGAUUCAGGCGAGCCGCUGCGGCAGUAGCUUCUUUGCGUUCCUCUGCGGUCACUGUCCACCGUGAUCAUGACCUGUCCGUUAUAUUAAUACUGGGCGUCGCAAUGGUUACAUUUGCAUUCCAUAACGAUGUUGGGGCGCCAGAACCCAUGUGCAGCUACAUUCUUGGCCUGGUAAAGUCGUAUUGCCGGGACAGUCACUCGCUGAAGCGCUGUUUAGGAGACAAUGGCCUUGCGUUUCUCGUGUGCCUCUUGGGGACUGAAACAGAGUCAUGUCUGAUCAAGUGCGAAGUUCCUACCCUCCAAAUCAGAGUGUAUGAGAUUGAUCAAUGUGUCGAUCGGUUCAUUGGAGUGUCAUUACCCAUGCUUGCAUAUUAUUACGACGUCUGCGAGCUGGCCAAGAAGGCCCGAUCCAGCAGGACAAGGAGCAAUGGGGAGUUGAAGCCGAGCAUUUGGCGUGCUCUGAAGCGAUUGGAAUGCCACAUUGAGAAGUGGCAGCCAGCAGUGCCCACGGAUUUUCUCACAGGUCGAUUUGCUCCGGCAGAGGUUACUCUGAUGUUGACACAAUCCAAGAUCCUCCGUCUGACUGGCUUGCUGAUACUUCACCGACUGAAACACGCCUAUGGCAGCCAGGAUGGAAAGGCCAUUGCCAUUUCCAGUACGAUCUUGAGCGAGUUGGAAACCGUGUUGCGAUUGACUGGACGAUCGGUGCCAUUUGCAGAGAUGCCACAUCUCGCAGCUUCCUUUGAGGUCAACAGCCUGGCGGAUAGGAGAGACCAGCUGGCCAAGUCGGAUGCCAUUGUGGACUUUUCCCCGUUUGUUUGUGUCGAGCACAAAGCCUGGUUGGCGUCAUUCUGGGCUGUCAGGGACAGGAUGGGCGAUGCAAAAUGUAUAUACUGGGACGAUGUGCAAACGUACAUCGCAUGCGCGGCAUAG